AUGGAGGAGAUCAUCGACAGUCUGUACAAGCUGGUUCGCCUAAACAACCAGUCGAGUCUGCCCCGGGAACCCCAGCGGUCAUCACAACCACCGCUGCCGUCGUCGUCCCGUCCACUGGCCGAGGUCGAACGCGAACGCGAACGCGAACCUUCCCCGCAACCCCAGACGGUCUACGGGCCCAGUGCUCUCGAUCCUGACAGCGUGCACGUGGGCUCGCGGUCCGCUUUGGCCGAUAUUCUGGAGAAUUCACGCGCCUCGGAUGAGAUAUCCCAAGCGCUACCCAAGGGCGACCUGCUGGCGGAUCUGGCAUUGGGGAAUGAGUCUGCGGCAUACCCCUUCGUGGAUCUGUGGUCGUCGGAUCCGUUCAACUUCAACAUUGCAGGAGUGUGUGGGGUCUUGCCCGACGAUCAACAGUGUUGCAGGUAUUUUUUUUUCCCAUCGCGCGCGCCAUUGUGUCUUUCUAAACAAUGCCAGGUACCUGGCUUUCUACAGAGAUAUCGGCGUGGUCCUUUAUCCCGUGCUACCGGACGUUUCCCGGCUGGAACAAGCCGCGAAGCAACUGCUCCAGGGUCGUGCGCGUGCUGGUGGUAUCUACCGGCCCGAUCCCGACGGUCCCAUCAAGCCAUUUGGCGUCAGUCUGGCGUUUCUCGGUCUUUUUCUUUGCCGUCCUAG